UCCUCUAUCCAACUAUUUCUAUUGUACACAUAACAAGAAUCUAGUCUUUUUUUUUCGUAAAACAAGAAUCUAGUCUUAAUCGAGAAAACAAUGGUUUUUGUGGUGGAAGAUUAUUUUUCAUUUUAUAAAUUUAAAAUGAGGCAGUUUGUAUUAUUUUUCCCACUAUUAGCCCUCGUAGUCGUAAGCUUAGCCGGUACUGCGACGGUAGAGGCUGCGACGGGAUUGAACCCUCCAGUGAAACUGGUUUGGCAUUAUUACAAAGUUACUAACACUUGUGAUGAUGCAGAAACUUAUAUUAGAUACCAAGUUGAAAAGUUUUAUAGGAACGACAGUAGCAUUGCUCCCAAGCUACUUCGUCUCCUCUAUUCCGAUUGUAUGGUUAACGGAUGCGAUGCUUCGGUUCUUUUACAAGGGCCAAACUCAGAGAGGAAGGCUCCGCAGAAUCGAGGACUUGGAGGUUUUGUGAUAAUCGAUAAGAUAAAAAAGGUUCUUGAAACACGCUGUCCCGGUGUAGUUUCUUGCGCUGAUAUACUCAACCUUGCCACUAGAGAUGCUGUUCACAUGGCCGGAGCACCGUCUUAUCCUGUGCUUACAGGAAGAAGGGAUGGUGGGGUUUUAAAUGCAGACGCCGUGGAUCUACCGUCACCGUCCAUCUCAGUGGAGGAGUCAUUGGCAUAUUUCAAGUCCAAAGGUCUUGACGUUUUGGACAUGAGUACUCUUCUAGGAGCACACUCGAUGGGGAAGACACAUUGCAGCCACAUAGUGAACAGGCUAUACAACUUCAAGAACACAGGAAAACCAGACCCGACCAUGAACACAACAUUGGUGUCAGAACUCCGAACCCGUUGUCCUCCAAGAACAAAAAAGGGCCAAACCGACCCACUCGUUUACCUAAACCCAGACUCAGGAUCGAGCAACAGAUUCAGCAACUCCUACUAUUCUCGUGUCUUGUCUCACAACGCUGUCUUGGGCGUGGACCAACAGUUGAUCUACAACGGUGACUCGAUGGAGAUCACGCAAGAGUUUGAUGCAAAUUUCGAAGAUUUUAGAAAGUCUUUUGCUUUGGCAAUGUCGAGGAUGGGGUCCAUCAAUGUUUUGACUGGUAAAGCUGGAGAGAUUCGCCGUGAUUGCAGAGUUACCAACGCUAACUACGGGGCUUAAAAUAUACCUAUAUCGUAGUUUAUGUGUGUAUGUGAUUAUUAUACUAUAAUCUAAAUAUUUUGAUAAAUUUAUUAUCGAUAAGGAUGGUGAACAAAUAGCGGAGAUCCAAUUAUUUAAUUCAUCUCUUGUAAUAAUUAUAUAACUAAAGUUCUAUAAAAGAAUGAACUAUUAUAUUUUUCUUCUUAUAAAAACGGUGUUUAUAGAAAUCGAUCCUUGUUUUUGCCAUGAUUUUAUACAUCGAUACUAUUGUUUUAGAAAUCCAUGUAAUGGAAUUUGAACAAGACAUUUGACCCAAAGAAAAGCAAAGGAAUUAGAACCAGACCCAAAACGUUGCGUUUCAAAGACUUGCCUUUUCGGACGCGUGUUAGCAUUCCAAUCUUGGCUAACAGCCAAUACACAGGACACGUCGUUACCAGUUACGAAAGUCCGAAGAAGAGAGAUAUGUACCAGUUACGAAAGUCCGAAGAAGAGAGAUAUAGCUUGAAAGUGCAAGACGGGUCUAAUACAGAGAGUAAAAUACAUAAGUACAAUAUUUUUUUUAUUUCACAAAGUAUUUACAGUAUGAUAAUAACUAAAUUUUAUCUUUACAUACAUAAAAUAUCUUACUAUCUCUUUUCCGAAUUGACUUA